AUGUCUAAACCAGGAUCUCAGACGGUAACCAGUCUUGAUGACAAUACAGACGUGGAGCUUAAACAGCCGGAUGAAGCGGUGGAAUCUUCGGACGUGCCAUCGCUUUCUUCAACAGCACUGGCCUUUAUCCUCUUGGGACUGAGCUUACCAGUUUUCCUCAUUGCUUUGGACACUUCCAUUGUUGCUACGUGGACGUUCCUCGCCUUCUUCGCCGUCUUUGAGCUUGGCUCUCUACUAUGUGCCACGGCUGUGAGCUCUAACAUGUUUAUCGGCGGGCGUGCUGUUGCAGGAGCCGGAGGAGCGGGUAUCGUGUCUGGUGCAUUUUCGAUUGUUGCAUUCAUUGCUCCGCUUGAAAAAAGACCACUGUAUAUCGGAUUCGUAUCCUCAUUUUUCGGCCUUGCCACUGUCAUUGGCCCUCUGAUUGGAGGGGCUUUUACGGAACAUGUAUCGUGGCGAUGGUGUUUCUACAUCAAUCUGCCAAUCGGCGGGGUGGCCGGCCUGGUGCUGAUAUUGGUCUUUAAUCCACCUACGAGAGCGAUAGAAACAGAGCCCCUCACCCACCGCAUUAAGGCUCUCGAUCUUAUCGGCGCCUCUCUUUUCAUACCGGCAAUCUUGAUGGCCCUGCUUGCGCUUCAGUGGGGAGGGUCCACGUAUCCCUGGAAAUCAGCGACCAUCAUCGGACUUUUUCUUGGAUUCGGAGGACUCUGUGCGGUCUUUGUCGUCUGGCAGUUCUACAAAGGCGAAGACGCCAUGCUGCCCAUGUCCGUGCUCCUCAACCGCACUGUUAUUUUGAGCAGCCUCACUCUGGCGUUUGCAUACGGCGCGAUAUUCUCAGUUGUCUAUUAUCUUCCGGAGUGGUUCCAAGUCGUCAAAGGAGCAGGCCCAAUCAGAAGCGGCGUCAUGAGCCUGCCGACCUUUCUUCCGCAAAUUGCUGCCGCCCUGGUAUCUGGAGCACUGGCCCCCAAAUUAGGUCCUCUUAAUCCUUGGGUCUGGGUUGGCUGUGCUUUCAUGGCCAUCGGCAUUGGUCUCUACAGUACAUUUGAUGUGUCUACAUCUUCCGCACACUGGAUUGGCUACCAAAUUCUUCCGGGCAUUGGAUUUGGCCUGAUGGCUCAAAUGCCCGUUGUUGCGGUACAAGCCAUCUUACCAGCCUCACAGAGCCCUGUUGGCGUUUCUACAGCUACAUUCUUUCAAUUCUUUGGCAGUGCUAUUUUCCUAGCGGUUUCCCAAGCCAUCUUCGGUAACAUAUUUAUUGAUCAGUUGACGGGGCAUCUUUCUGGUGCUCAAAUACAGAAUCUGCUCCUCAAUGGCUCAGGAUCUAUUCGCACACUGGUGCCCCCGGAAAACUUGCCACUUGUUCUGGAUGCAUUCAACCAGGCCCUCAUAGGCACAUUCUAUCUUGCUGCAGGCGCGUCUGCGGUUGCGGUUUUGAUAUCGUUUGGGAUACCUUGGAUCAACAUCAAAGGAAAGGAAUUGAUAUUAGAACCCGGAGCAUGA